AUGCCCGAGUACACCAAGAGUUCCUUCACCUAUGACGGCCUUCGAGCCUUCGACCCCGCAGGGGCUCUAACUGAGAUCAGCAACACCCUACACCUGUCGCAGGCCGUCGUCUUGCCCGUCGGUGUCCAACUCGUCGCCACUGCGGGACAAUGCGGCUUCCGAGAAGACGGCAGUUUAUCGCCAGACAAGCGUGAACAGAUCCUUGAGGCAUUUUCCAAUGCCGAUAAAACCCUCCGCGAGGCAGGAUGCAAAGAUGGAUGGAAAAAUGUUUAUCAAUGGAUCCUCUUCCACCCUGGACUCGACGACGAGUACAUUGGGGCGUUGCGCGAGGCCAUGGGAACUUACUUAGGUGAGAAUCGACCUGCACAGACUGGGGUCGCUGUGGCAGGUCUAUGGGGUGGCGCCAUCAUCGAGAUGAACCUGUAUGCAUACAUUCUUCCAUCGUCGUGA